CCUGGGCGCCUGCAGUGCGGCAGAGGUCGGAGUUGUGGCCUCCGGCGCCGGAUCCUGGCCAUGCGAGCCGCAGGCCGGGGGCCGCUGCCGGCGCUGCUGCGGCUGCUGCUGUUGGCCGGGCCUGGGCUGGCCGCCGCCGCCGCGCCCACUGCCCCGCCGCGCUUCAACGUGAGCCUGGACGUGGCCGCCGAGCUGCGCUGGCUGCCGGUGCUGCGGAACUACGACCGGGGGUUGCUGCGCGCCGCGGUGGUGCAGAUCAUCGGGGACAGAGUCCCCACGUGGGUGCACGCGCUGAUGGGAAAGGUGGUCGUGGAGCUGGAGCGCCUCUUGCCCCAGCCCUUCACCGGCGAGAUCCGCGGCAUGUCCCGCUUCCUCAACCUCAGCCUGGCCGACUGCCUGCUGGUCAACCUGGCCUACGAGUCCUCCGCGUUCUGCACCAGUAUUGUGGCUCAAGACUCCAGAGGUCAAAUUUACCACGGUCGGAACCUGGAUUAUGCCUAUGGAGAUACCUUACGCAAGCUGACCGCAGAUGUACAAUUCUUAAAGAAUGGACAGGUCGCGUUCACUGGAACCACUUUUGUGGGCUAUGUAGGAUUAUGGACCGGUCAGAGCCCGCACAAGUUCACGGUUUCUGGCGAUGAGCGAGAUAAAGGCUGGUGGUGGGAGAACGCGAUCGCUGCCCUUUUUCAGAGACACUCUCCGAUCAGCUGGCUCAUCCGCACCACCCUGAGUGAGUCAGAAAACUUUGAAGCAGCUGUUACCAAAUUGGCCAAGACUCCCCUGAUUGCUGAUGUCUAUUACAUCGUUGGUGGCACAUCCUCCCAGGAGGGCGUGGUCAUCACAAGGAACAGAGGUGGCCCAGCAGACAUUUGGCCUCUAGAUCCUUUGAAUGGAGCGUGGUUCCGAGUGGAGACAAAUUACGACCACUGGAAGCCAGCACCUAAGCAUGAUGACCGAAGAACACCUACCAUCAAAGCCCUUAAUGCCACCGGGCAGGAACACCUCAGCCUGGAGACGCUUUUUCAGGUUUUGUCAGUUAUUCCAGUUUAUAACAACUACACACUUUAUACCACGGUGAUGAGUGCGGCCAGCCCAGACAAGUACAUGACCAGGAUCAGAAACCCAAGUUGAAGAUGAUUUUUUAAAAAUGAAAUUCUUGAAGAGCUGCACUUAAAAAAGAAAAGACAAAGUGAAAAUAUGGCCUUAUGAACAACAUGGGCUGCUUUCUCAGCCUUGUGAAGGAUGGGCCGGGGGUCACUUGGACCUUGCUUUGGCCAAGUUGGUAACAGGCUUUGUCCAGCAUUCUCUUCUCUUCAUGGUUCGCCUUGACCCUCUCCAAGCUUUUAUCCUAGCUGAAAUAAACUCAAAGAUAGUUGUCUCCAAGGUCAAGCCAUAUACUCUCAGGCUUUUUCCCCAGCCUUCAUGGUUCUGUUAUCAUACCUCUGUAUCCACUAAAGAAAUGAGCUGUCAGGACCUUUGCUCAUGGUGGAGGGCUUCUGAAGAGCCUAAGAAAAGGUUAAGGUUCUUACAAAAGAAAUGGAGACCCGGCAUUUGAAUAGAGCCUGUCUGAAUGUUUGUUAAUCUGACUCUUGAUCACGUCUUUCCCUGUAAUGGGAUUUUCAUUUUUUAUAAAGUUUCUAGUGUUUUUUUUUUUCCAAAAAACCUAGGGACUUCUUUUUUUCUAAAUAGCUACUUUGUUACUGCUUCUUGAAAGUAAUAGGAAACCACAAUAUUUCUUAUUGUAACUUAUCUUUAGUUAAUAGAAUGUCAAAAGAUGUUAGCAAAGAGAAUAAAAUAUUUUUCCAAAACA